AUGAAAGGUGGGUACGCUGAUUCGGACAUUCUAAUAGUUUCGGCUUGCCGAACUCCUAUUGGUCGUUUCUGUGGCAGAUUGGCCAGUAUUCCUACCCAUGAACUCGGUGGAUGCGUGAUAUCGGAAUGCAUCAAAAGGGCUUCUAAGCAAUUUGUUGGGCAGACGGAAGAGGGGGUUUUGGCAAAAGUGAGUGAAGUAAUAAUGGGUCAGGUGUAUACAGCGGGUGGAGGUCAGAACCCGGCAAGACAGGCCGCCAAAGCUGCUGGUCUAUCCUAUAAUGUCCCAGCCUGGGGUCUUAACAUGCUUUGCGCCUCAGGCAUGAAGGCAGUGUGCCAGUGCGCGCAGACGCUGAAGGUAGAGGGGGGUCUGGCCGUGGCCGGUGGACAGGAGUCCAUGUCACGCUGCCCCCAUAUCACUGCUCCUGGCUGCAGUUUGCGACGCGGCGGUGGCGGUGGCAACGCUGACGCUCUCCCCGUCUUCGGCGACUUCCGUCUCGUCGACAGUCUCCUCACUGACGGCCUUGAAGAUGCAUUCCAUGGGGUCCAUAUGGGUGUAACUGCUGAAAACAUUGCGCAAAAAUUCCAAAUCGGCAGGAAGGAUCAGGACGCCUUCGCGUUGGAGUCUCAGGCGAGGUGUAAACAGGCGAUGGAAAUGGGGAAAUUCGGGUCUGAAAUCGUGUCAAUCACCAUUCUUAAAUCCGACAAACGUGGUGCUCCUGAUGAGCCCCUAGUAGUGUCGAGUGACGAGCCUCCGAGACCUCAGACAACCAUGGAGGCAUUGGCAAAACUUCCACCUGCCUUCGCCAACGGUCUGCCGCGGAGCCAGGAGGCCACCGUCACCGCGGGCAAUGCCAGCACUCUAGCCGAUGGCGCUGCUGCCCUGUUGUUGUGUCGUGCGGACACUGCUAAGUCUCUUGGUUUGCGAUGCCCGUUGGGACGAAUCGUUGCCUGGCACCAGAGUGGUUGUGAGCCGCAAGUGAUGGGUCUCGGACCCAUUGACUCGGUCAAGGGUCUGAUGGAAAAGCUCUCUUGGUCAGUCGAUGACGUUGAUCUGUUUGAACUGAAUGAGGCCUUCGCCGCCCAAUCCCUCGCUGUGCUGAACGAGCUGGGACUACCUAGGGAGCGGACAAAUGUGAACGGUGGAGCGAUUGCCCUAGGCCACCCGAUUGGCUGCAGUGGAGCUCGAAUCAUCGUCACUCUGGUCCACAGUCUCCAUCGUCUGGCCCACAGUUGUACUUCAAACGCCCACGGCAGUGCUGUCAAUGGCAAAAUGGUUGGACGAGAUGGCAAACUGAGGGGUAUUGCGGCUCUUUGCGUCGGUGGAGGCAUGGGAAUGGCGAUAGCGGUGGAGAUUCUCCCUCACCUGACCGCUUCUGAUUGCCCAUUGAUUGAAUCCUGA